AUGCUCGUAAAUACUCUUGUCAAAGGAAAAAUCUUAGUAAAAGCAUUAAUAGAUAUAUCAUCAAAGUUUAAUACUAUUAGUAAAAGUUUGUUCGAUAGGCUUGAAACUGAUCAUAGAAUAAGACUAACUUGUGAUCCCAUUAAAAACCUCUAUAAAGAUACAAUAGGACAAGGUUGGUUAUGGGUGCAUAAAGCAAAAAUUAUCUUUGGAGUUUCUUCCAGAGCCUAUAAACACCAUGACAAAAUUAGAAUAAAUCAUAUGAGUAUUCCAUUAAUUGAGGAUAGCAAUAAAGCUAGCUUUAGUAAAAAUAACUCAUUUGAUUCUUCUGAUUCUGAAAUAGUGACCAAUUCAUCUAACUUCAAUUCUCACAAUCGUCUUCAAAAGAAAAAAUACAAAGAAACUAUAUUAACAUGUACUAUCAAUAAUUGUAGUGCAGAAAUCGAAAUCAUUGAAAAGUCAUCACUAAUGCGGGCUCCAUCACAAAAAAGUAUAAGCAUAGAUGAAGGAUCACAAGAUCUGUUAAUAUUUGGUAAAAAUUCUUUAGUGAAUCUAGAUACAAUUGUAAAAGAGAACUCUAAAUCUGCUACAAGUAAUUUAUCAUCUAAGCAUGCUGGUAAACCAACAGAUAAAAUAUCAAGUAAAAAACAAAAGCAGGCUAAGAAAGAAUUGCAUAUAUUAAAAGAUCUUAUAAAAGAAUUAUCUACUGAACCUGAAGCUCUACAAGAUUCU